AUGGAAAAUGGGUACGGAGAGGAAAGAGAGAAGGAAGAAGCGGACAGAUGCGGGACGAUAGAAGAAGUGAAGGAGCAGGGCGGGGGUUCAAGAGAGAAGGGUGAACUUCUGCGCCUGCGCCUGCGAGAGGAGAAGGCGCUGGUGGAGCGCUACCUUCCCGGCGGGGCGGGGCGGGGCCGGGCGGGGCGGGCAGGGGGAGGGGCCGGCGGGGUAACUGCGGCGGCGGCGGCGGCGGCGGAGCGGGCGGCCUGGGAGGGAGCUGCUGCUGCAGGAGCGCCCGGAGCCCUGGCCAGGGCGGGGGCCGCCCCCAAUGCAGGAAGAGGCCCCAGACCGGGCGGGGGCCCCAGCAGCAGCAGCAGCAUGGCAGGCGAGGUGGAGGAGAUCACCCGCCUUCGAAAGCCACGCUUCUCCUAUGAGGAGAACCAGAUCCUGAUCCAGGAGGUGCGGGCCAACUAUUCCCAGCUCUACGGCACCCAGAGCCGCCGGGUCACGGUGGCUGAGCGCAGGCGGGUGUGGGAGGGCAUCGCCGCCAAAAUCAACGGUAUCACCAGCUGGAAGCGCACGGGCCAGGAAGUGCAGAAGCGGUGGAAUGACUUCAAGCGGAGGACCAAGGAGAAGCUAGCCAGGGUCCCCCACUCCACGCAGGGCAGCGGGGUCGGACCUGGAGCCUCAGAAGAUGGCUUCUCUGCAGAAGAAGAGACCAUCUUUGCCAUCCUGGGGCCCGGGGUGAUGGGGGGGCCCGAGCUCCAUGCUGGCCCCUCGACCUCCUGCCACCCACCUCCCCCGACGGGCCCCUUCCCUCAUCGCUACCUGCUGGGGGCAGAGCAGCGCCCGGCUGAAACCUCUGUCCGGAGUAAGGCUUGCAGCAGCCCGGAGCCAUCGGCCCGACCUCCCUGCUACCCCUUGGACGGCAUUCUCCUUCGUCCCAAAGAACGGGACUCCCCAGCCCCGACUCCUGCCCCCGCCCCAGACCAGGCAGCUCUGCAGAUUGUCCGGCUCCCUCGGCUAGCACCGUCGCCACCCCCUCGUCCCCAGUGUCCCGGCCCCUCUCCUUCCAGCCUCCUGCCACCCACCCUAGACCCAUCACUGGACUUCCUCCGCGCCCAGCGGGAGACGGCUGAGGCCAUCCGUGAAUUGGAAGGCACUUUGCGGCAGGGACUGGCCAAGCUGAGUGAUGUCCUCAGCGCCCUCCUGCCCCUCUUGGCUGGCCCCGAGCCACCCGUGCCGCUGCCUGCUGCCGGGCUGGCCCCGGCCCACCCCAAGGUGGAGACCUCCCCCGAGCCGGCGGCGUUAGCCGUUGAGGAGGGAGCGGAAGCAGCCAUAGUGGGGACCCCCCCAGGGGAGGAGGAGGGCACCCGGCCUCCUCUUCCCAGAGAUUCACCUCCCGUGAAGAGGAGAAAAGGUUUCCCAACACGAAAACGGAGGGGAAGGUGGAAGAAUAUGUGAUCUCCGCUGGGGAUGAAUCCCCAGCCCUUAUCCUGCUGCCUGCACCCGGUCUCCCGACACCCCCUGCCCUGCUUGGCCCACUUCAGGGGGGAGGGGAUGACUCAACACUGCUUGUAACCGAUUCCAGUGGGCUCCAGCCCCUUCAGCUGCUCCAUCCCGUCGCUCUCCGGUCCCACCACUCUCUCUGGGGCUGUGCCACCCACAAUCCCUGUCUAGUGCCUGAUCUUCUUUAGCGUUAGUCACAGGUUUCAUAGAAUUUGGAGACCGAGUGGACUCUGUAGUCCCUCUAGCCCCGCCCCCUCAUUUUAGAGAGGAGGCAGAUGAAGCCCAGAGAGAUGGAGAACCUUGCCCAAGGGCCCCCCUAGAGUCCAAGUGGCUGCUCAGGCUCCAUAGGCAGAGUUCUUUCCCACAAUUCCAUGCUGCCUCCCCUAGACAGACACAAGCUUCCCCAAGUAUCACAGCCUUAGAAGAAUCCCUGUCUUUGACACAAAGCCGUCAGUUUAACCUAAUUUAUUAUUGUUCUGUGGGAGGUGGGGUUGGAGGGUGUGUGACCCCCUCAUCCACCAGUUGGUACUCCCACCCGCUCCUCCCAGUUUGUGGGGGCCCAGAAGCUAGGUGCUGGCUUCCACCACCACUGUGCCUGGACGGCAGCCGAAGCCCAGGUUCAGAAGCCCACGGGCAAGACAUGGGGACAGCAAGACCUCCUAGCACACCAGAGGGGCUGAGGCCCCCAGGGCCUCCGGGCCUCAGGCCUUCCUGCUACCACUCGUGCCCGCCUGCCUCCCCCCCCACGAGAACAAGAUAUCAAUAAACUAUUUUUUAAUACAGAGCCUGUGCCUGUGGCCUCAGAGGACCUGCAAUAACACGACCAGACCAGUGAUGCCCUAAUGUUUCCAAAGGGCCUUCUGGUCC